GGACGAUCGGCAUUUCCAUCCAGUCAAACAUGAUAGACUGCAAACAUGGUAACUUGACAGCUACGUGGGUUUUGAUCGUCGGCUUGAAACUCGUCCCUAAUCAGGGGAGGAGCUGGAGGGGGGUAUAAUGUUCGGAUAUAAGCAGCACGGUGAGGAUGCUAGCCCAUCGCCGCCGUCAUCCGUCGCAAGGUGCAUGUAGACCGUUACGUGUCAUGACUCGCUUGGGUAAAGUCGCCGUUACCAUAAUCAAACAAAGCGACCAUUGCGUUCGGAUCUCCCCUGCUGGUUGCAUCGUUCAUGGAUUCCUUGCUUGUUCGACAGUCAUCGGCACCAGGCAGGAGGAUGAGCGGAACGGUUGGACAAAGUGCAUGCUGGUUUUCAAACUCGCUUGUGGUCGCCGAUGCACGUGCUGCCACUUCAAGGCGUCUUGUCGCUACUCAGUACAAUCGAUCGAGUCGUGAGACUUCCCCUGUUUGAGAUUAAUGACCGGUCAGGCUUCGAAAAAUCCUCAAACAUAUGGAGGGUCUCAUUUUCUAGAAGGUACGGAGUACUUCGUCUUCGACAAGUAUUGCGGCUGAAGAUGCG